GUAUUCAGUAAAAUUAAUUGACUACACGUGAAUAAAAAAUAAAUAAUUUUAUUAUAUCUGAAAUAAAAUGGGAAAGAAAACGAAAGUUGGAAAGGAUCGGCGUGAUAAGUUUUACCAGUUAGCUAAGGAGACAGGUUUCCGAUCGCGUGCUGCUUUCAAAUUGAUUCAAUUGAACAGAAGAUUUGGAUUUUUACAACAAUCUCAAGUAUGUGUCGAUCUUUGUGCAGCUCCUGGUGGAUGGAUGCAAGUCGCCAAACAAAAUAUGCCUGUUUCGAGCAUUGUCGUUGGAAUUGAUUUAUUUCCAAUUAAACCUAUCGCUGGAUGUAUCAGUUUGACAGAAGACAUCACAACUGACAAAUGCAGACAAUCGUUGACUAAAGAACUCAAAACAUGGAAAGCUGAUGUUAUAUUAAACGAUGGUGCUCCAAAUGUCGGUCGUAAUUGGUUGUUUGACGCUUAUCAGCAAAUCUGUUUAGCAUUAAGUGCAGUCAAACUUUCAACAGAAUUUCUUCGACCUGGUGGAUGGUUUGUGACGAAAGUUUUUCGCUCGAAAGAUUACAAUGCUUUUAUUUGGGUACUCAAGCAAUUGUUUAAGAAAGUUUAUGCUACAAAGCCUUCCGCUUCACGUAAAGAAUCUGCUGAAAUUUUCAUUGUUUGUCAGGGAUACAAAGCACCAACAAAAAUCGAUCCUCGCUUUUUGGAUCCGAAAUACGUUUUCGAAGAACUUGAAAUUGAGCCAACGACUAAAAUUGAUUUGCUUAAAGAACAAAAAUCAAUCAAAAAACCAAAAGCUGUCGGAUAUGAAUCAAUCGAUUUGAGACGAAUUGUGACAGCUUCUGAUUUUCUUAAAGCUGAAAAUGCUUUGGAUGUUUUACAAAUAGCAACAGAAAUUAAAAUUGAUAAUCCAAAAAUUGAUGAACAUAAAGAGACAUCAACAGAAAUUAAGGAAUGUUUCAAAGACAUUAAAGUUCUUGGUCGGAAAGAUUUGAAAGAUAUCAUCAAAUGGUGGAAACGUUUAAAACCUGAAUUAUAUCCAACAGCUGUUGAAGAGACAGAAGCUUCCACAUCAAAACAAUCCGAAAAUGAAGAAAUCACUGAAGAAACACAAGAAGAAAUUGAACUUGAAGAAAUGGAUAAAUAUAUUGAAGAUUUGAAACUUGAAGAGCAACGAGAAGAGAAAAGAAAGAAGAAAAAGGCAAACAAGGAAAGAUCAAAAUUGGAUCAAAAACUUGCUUUGAAAAUGGUCAUUAAAGGAGAUUCAGGACCACAGGAGACUCAAGACGAAAAUAUUUUCAAUCUUCGAGAAAUCAAAGACAAGAAAGUCCUCGAGAAAUUUGUCGAUGGAGCUGGCGUUGUGAAGAAACGUGAACGUAAGAAGAAAAAUGAAUCAAAACUUGUAGCUUACGAUCCUGAUGAGUUAAAUGAUGAAGAAGCUCACAUUCCAACAAUAACAAGUGAUGUUGAUGAUGACUCUGAUGAAAUUGAAGAAGAUUUGGGGCUUGGAAAGCAAUCAGAUGAUGAAGAUGAAGAUGACAAUUGGAAUCUUCGUAGUACAUCAAAAAACGGGGUCGCAGAAAACGUUCAAGCGGGUGGCGUUUUAAAAAGAAAUAGAAACCCGUUGCUUACUGAUCUUGAUUAUCGUGACAAAGAUUCAAAGCGAAUUCAAAAGGCACAACUUUGGUUCGAAAAAGAUGCAUUUAAAGAUAUGAUGAAAACUGAAGAUGGCGAUCAAGAUCUUGACUUGGAUAGUUUGGUCAAAAAUUACAAGAAGAAAGGUAUUGAAGUGAUUGGUGAACCUGACAAACCAGAUCUUUCAAAAUUAGGAAAGAAAGCUCGUCGACGAGCGAAACAUGAUGAAACAGGAAAAUCUAAAGAAGCUGAAAGUUCUUCCGAUGAUUCUGACGAUGAAAAUCAUGCUCCACCAUCGGAUGAUGAAGAUGUCAAUGAAACAGAACCAAAAGUUAAAAAGAUAAAACUAAACGAAGAAGAACUAGCAAUUGGACAAUUGAUGAUCACAAGUAGGAAGAUGAAACGUGAUUUAAUUGAUGGUGCUUGGAAUCGUUACAUGUUUAACGAUGAUAAAUUACCAGAUUGGUUCGUUGAAGAUGAGAAGAAGGCAAUGAAGAAAAGUUUGCCCGUUUCUGGAGAUUUGGUUGAAAGUUAUCGGAAGAAUCUUACAGAAUUCAAUACAAGAUCGAUAAAGAAAGUCAUGGAAGCAAAAGCAAGAAAGAAGCGUCAGAAUAAGAAGAAAAUGGAAAAGAUCACAAAGAAAGCUGAGAAUAUCAUGGAAAAUGCUGAUCAAACUGGCCAAGAGAAAGUUAGAAUGUUAAAGAAACUCUACAAGAAAGCUGAAAAGAAGAAGCAGGAAGUUACUUAUGUUGUUGCCAAGAAGACUGGAAUUGCUGGUAAAAAAGUUCGUAGACCCGCAGGCGUCCAAGGUCGCUUUAAAGUCGUCGAUCCUCGUUUGAAGAAAGACAUGAGAGAGUCGUCUGUUGUUCAUCACAAAAUAAAAGCCGAAUGGACAAAGUCGUCAGAACAAGAAAAUUAUGAUAAUUCGUCAAGUGGAAGUGAUAAAUUAGAAAUAGUAGAAGAUGAAAGUUGUGAAACGUCGGAAACUUCGGGGAAGAUAAAAAUACUUGAACAAAUUGUACUUUAUCCAAGUAAAAAGUUAAUAAAAUGUCAUUAUUGUGAUAAAUCCUUCAAUAAAGCAGUAUUUGAGGAACAUCAAAAAAUCCACCAAGUCACAUUUUUCGAAUGUCCCGACUGUGACAAAAAGUUCAGACGAAAAUCAAGUUUAAGAAAGCAUUCUUAUUUUCACAAAGGGAAAUUUAAGUAUGAAUGUGCAGAAUGUAGUGUAUUUUUCGUUGAUGUAACAAAAUUUGAAAGACAUAAGAUGACAAAGCAUAAAACGGAUUCAAUUCGGUAUAAAUGCGAAGAACCAAAUUGUGAAAAAUCAUUUUCAAAUUAUCAAUAUUUAAAACGACAUCAAGUCACUCACAGUGAUGAUUACAAAUAUAAAUGUUCAAUGUGUGAUCAAAAAUUUAAAUGGAUGACUGCACUGCAACAUCACAAAGCAACACAUCCAGAAAACAAAACAUAUUUUGAAUGUAAUGAAUGCUAUAAACCUUUUUACAAUCAACGUACAUUUGAACGUCAUCAAAAAAUUCAUAAAAACAUUAAAUACAAAUGCAUUUUGUGUACGGCUGUUGCUAGUAAUCGUAAAGAUAACAUUCGAAGACACAUCAGACAUUUACAUCCUGAAGUUGAAAGAUCUGAAAUCUCAUCUAAGAUUGCGACAAUUGAAGAUCUUACAGAUAUUUCUAUUGAUCGUGAUAAUAAUGAUAAUGGUGAUGAAUAUGACGAUGAAAGUGCAGAUGUUGACACGUCAGUGUCAGAACCUCGAUACACUCCCGUAAUUAUCGAUGAUGCAACCUUAUCUGAAGAAGUUAUUUGCAUUGAAACACCGCCAUCACCACCAAAAUCACUGCCAAUUAUAAAUAACCGAGUUAAUGUUAUUCAAUCUGUUGGAAAUCCUCAAAAGCUUCAAGCAGUUGUUGAACAACAAAAAGAGACUCCCAGUGAGGUAUUUCGUGAAGAAACGUCACAGCCUCGAAAGACGACAAAAGAUUAUGAAUCAGAAAUAAAACUUCCACCAAAGAAGAAAGCGAUCGCGAUAAGUGGGACAAAUAUAAGCUCAACAAAUUCCACAGCAUUCGCAAAACCAAAAUACGAUCCAAUCCAACAUUAUCGUAAGAUUCUUUUAGGCUUUUCGAAAGAUGAAGAUCCGCCCACAACAAUUGAAGAUAACAAUGAAGAAGAGGAAGCUGAGGAAGAACCUCAAGUUUUUCCCAUCCAUUGGCGAAAGCGAACGUCACAAAAUUUUUUAUUCAGACAUUAAUAAAACUUUUUAAUUACUAAAUAUAUAAAAAUGGAUUUUAAAAACAAGUUUAGGCUUAAAAAGGGAAAAAGAAAUAUUUUCGUUUCAUAACAGACGCUUCAUGAAUAAUUUAUAUUUCAGUCUGAGUUAUUUCAAUAAAAAAA